AUGACCACUAGCCCACCUACUCAAGAAGACGAACAAGAUGAAGAAUUCAAACUCAAGCAAAUAAUUCAAGAACAAAACUUGAUUCCUCAAAUCAACAAUCACAAUGAUGAUGGUGGUGCCUUUGAACAACAACAACAACAACAACAAUUUAAUCAAUUAUCCAAAGACAAAAAAAUGAAUCGAUUGAAUAAAUUAAUUGAAAAAAGUCAAAUAUAUUCUCAAAUUAUUGCUGAUAAUAUUUUACAAACUUCAUUAGAGCGGAAAGAAGAGCAAAAUAAUGAACCACUACCACCACCACCACCACCAAAACCAUAUUCAAAGCAAGAACUUGACUCACAACCAACAAAGAAAAGACGGAAAACCAAAUCUAAAACCAAAUCAGCCACCAACGUCAAACAUGAUAUUGUUUCAAUGUUAAGUACAAAUAUAUCUGAUUCAACCAAAUCCACUCGUGAAGCAAUUGAAAAAUCCCAAAAUUCUAGCAAAAUCACCAACAACAAACAACCCAAAUUAAUCACUGGUGGUCAAUUAAAAGAUUAUCAAAUGGAUGGAUUAGAGUGGUUGAUAACAUUAUUUCAAAACGGACUUAAUGGAAUAUUGGCUGAUGAAAUGGGUUUAGGGAAAACGUUACAAUGUAUUUCGUUUUUAAGUCAUUUAAUUGAGAAUGGAAUUAAUGGGCCAUUUUUAGUGGUUGUCCCCGUUUCUACAUUAUCUAAUUGGUUUAAUGAAAUUAGAAAAUUUGCCCCUAAAAUUAAAGUUACAAAAUAUAUUGGUACUAAACAAGAAAGAAAUGAAAUUGAUUUAUUACAACAACAAGAAAUUACUAAUAUCAUUUUAACUUCUUAUGAAAUUUCAAUACGUGAUUUCAAUAAACUUGUGAAAAUAAAUUGGAAAUACUUAAUUGUCGAUGAAGGUCAUCGUUUAAAAAAUAGUCAAUGUUUAUUAAUCAAAAUAUUGAAGAAAUUAAAUGUUUCUAAUCGAUUAUUAUUAACUGGAACACCCUUACAAAAUAAUUUAAAUGAAUUAUGGUCAUUAUUGAAUUUUAUUUUGCCUGAUAUUUUCCAUGAUUUAGAAUUGUUUCAACAAUGGUUUAAUUUUGAUGAAUUGACCGAAUUAGCAGGAGAAUUAGAUAGUACUAAUAAUGAAGAAGAUGAAGAAACGAAAAAUUUAAUUAAAUUGAAUAUUCAAGAAACUUUAAUUAAAAAUUUGCAUACAAUUUUAAAACCAUUUAUGUUAAGACGAUUAAAACGUGAUGUCAUAAAAAACUUACCACCGAAAAAGGAAUAUUUACUUCAUAUUCCAAUGACUAAAUUACAAAAGAAAAUCUAUUAUGAUGCUUUAAAUGAUAGAUUGUUUGAUAGUUUAGUUGAAACAAAUUUGAAAGCAUUUAUUAAAUUCAAUCAUGAAGAGUUAUUCAAUGGAUUUGAUGUUGAUGAGUAUUUACAAACUCGUAGACAAAAGGAUUCAUUUAUGGAUACUGGAGAUUUAUUAAAACUUCGAGGAUCUCGUUCCAAUAGAAAUCCAUUAAAAAGAUCAUACAAGGAAGCUGAUAGCGAUGAUGAAUUUGAAAUUAUUGAUGAUGAUUCCUUGACUAGUAGAAACAAGUCCACACCAACCUAUGAUGAAGCCCUUGUUAAAAUCCGUCACAUUAAAUCAAAAUCAAAAAUACAAUCAAUACUUAUUGAUGCUAUAUAUCAAGAUAUCCUAAAGGAAGCUAGACAUUUGAAAUUACAAAAUUUAAAAAUGAUUCAACUUCGAAAUAUUUGUAAUUCUCCCUUUAUAUAUUAUAAUUAUCCUAUAUUGGAUCAAACAGAAGUUAUUCGGAAUUCAGCCAAAUUUCAAAUUCUUAAUCAAUUAUUACCACCAUUAUUAUCUAGUGGUCAUAAAGUAUUGAUUUUCGCUCAAUUCACUCAAGUUUUAGAUUUAUUAGAAGAUUGGUUAGAAGAAUCAUCAUCAUUGAAUGGGAGAAUAUGUCGAUUAGAUGGAUCUACUAAUCACCAAAUCAGAGAUGAACAAAUAUCUCAAUUUAAUAAUAAUCCUAAAUUUAAAGUUUUCUUAUUAUCUACUCGAGCUGGUGGAUUAGGAAUAAAUUUAGUUGCAGCUGAUACCGUGAUUUUAAUGGAUAAUGAUUGGAACCCACAAAUGGAUUUACAAGCAAUUGAUCGAGUUCAUAGAAUUGGUCAAAUUAACCCGGUGAAAAUAUUUCGAUUUGUAAUUAAAGAUUCAAUUGAAGAAGUAUUAAUUUCUCGAUCAGGAUCGAAAAGAUUUCUUGAAAGAUUAGUUAUUCAAAUGGGUCAAUUUAAAUUUAGUAAUAUUAAUAAAAAGAUAACCACAGGAGCAACAGCAACAGUAGUGGGUACCGGGGUUGAUGAACAAAGUACAAUGAAAAAUGAUUGGAGUAUUAAUGAAAUGAUGGAAUUAAGUAAAAUACAUUUUAAAUCAACACAAAAUGACCAAUUUAAUCAAGAUUCAGGAGAGAAUGACAAAAUAUUAUUGUCUGAUCAAGAAAUUGAGGAGUUGUUGGAUCGAUCAAUGGAAUGUUAUAAUUCGAUUGAUGACUCUAAAUUUGAUAAAGUUAAGAUUUUUGAAACAGUUAAUAAUAUGGAUAAAUAG